AUGGUGAAUCAGAGCUCUUCACUUACCUUGGAUCAGGUCAUCAAUCAACCUGAGAUUCAAGAAAAUGCUUCCAGUGCUGCAAAUCAGAAUGCUUCGAAUCAAAAUGUUGCGAAUCGGAGUGGUGCAAAUCGGAAUCUUACACAGGAUUUUUUAUAUCCAAGAAAUCCUUACUUCCUUCAUCCAAAUGAGAAUCCAUCUCUCAUACUUGUGUCUAGAACUAUGAACGAUAAGAACUACCAUAGAUGGGCAAGAGCCAUGACUAUGGCUUUGAUUUCUAAAAAUAAGCUUUCCUUUGUGAAUGGUUCGAUCUCUGUUCCUAAACCUUCUGAUCAAGAUUAUGUUACUUGGGAGAGAUGCAACACUAUGGUACUGUCAUGGUUACAUCGAUCCAUAACUGAUUCCAUUUCCCAAUCAAUUUUGUGGAUGGAUAGGGUUGUUGAUGUGUGGAAGGACCUCAAGGAGAGGUUUUCACAAUCAGAUAUUUUUUGGAUCUCUGACUUACAAGAUGAGAUUUUUUGUCUUCAUCAAGUAGACAAGUCUAUAUCAGAUUAUUACACUCAACUCAAGAUCCUUUGGGAUGAGUUAGAGAAUUUGCAGCCAACACCUUCUUGUAAGUGCAUUCGACCUUGCUGCACAAUUGCACUACAAGUAAGGAGCAUCAAGGAUAGGGACUAUUCAAUUCAGUUCCUUAAGGGCCUCAAUGAGCAAUUCUCUCAUGUGAGGUCCCAAAUCAUGCUCAUGGAUCCUCUUCCAUCAAUAAAUUGUGUGUUUUCUUUGGUUACUCAGAAGGAAAGACAAAUGCAUCUUGAAGGCUUAGUGCCUAAUUCCAUGGAUGGGAUGUCAAAAGUGUUUUUCAACUCAUCUGCAAAACAUAUGAUUGCAAGAGAUUUCGCUCCAAUACUAGAGAAAGAGGACGUGGCUACAACUAUGGGCGUGGACGAUCAACCCCUAGAUUGUGCACACACUGUGGGAAAACAAGUCAUAUUGUUGAUACAUGCUUUGAGAAGCAUGGAUAUCCACCUGGAUACAAGAUGA